AUGUCCGAAUCUUUUCAGCUGUAUGACCUCCGCGUCGAGGUCGUUUGUCCUCCGGGACAGCGGAUCAUGUGCGGCGCCAAAGAGGGCGACUAUUUCACGCUCAAGGGCGAGAUGAUGUACUUGCCACCCGGUCAGGGUAUUAGCAUCUACAGUCUGGUUGAAGAUUAUCAGAACAGGCAAAACGACAUUCAAUCAUUCCGACACAACUCUGGUCCCGAAAUCGACUUGACGUGA